GUGAAGCAACAACGGGAAGUACGUCUCUGUGUUAGUGAAAAAUACGAGGAAUGGUUGAAAUGCGUAAAUGAACGUCAAGAUGCAAACGUUAAUAUUGAGUUUGACAAAUUUCCUGUAAAGUGCGGACUUCGGUGCAGAUGAAAACAUGAGUGCCCGUGCUUUGUGGGUUAUUUCCCACGAUAAGGGAGAAAGAGUGUCAGUACGCUUCUCAAGAAGGUUCUCCACUGUGGAGCACCGUGCGAAGAGGCUGGCGGGUUCCUCAUAUGUGGCCAUUCCCGAUGACAACACUGUGCUGCAGCUUCUGCUCACCGAGCUGGGGAUUUCAGAGCCAGACAAACCCUAUGCAGCUCUCAGAGACGACUGCCUCGACCGACAGCGAUCUCCAGCCCUGGAGCUGCGUGUGGAUGCUGGAAACAGAGUGCUGUGGCCGGUGCUGGCCAUGUCGCGGGGGCCGCUGAUCCUGGCCUGCCUGCCGUUAGUGGACGUCCCUCCGGGGCCGCGGCCGCCUCUGGCCCACCUGCUGUCUGUCUCACAAGGCCUCACGCUCCUGGCAGGUCUGCACGCUUUCCUCCUUGGCUCUGGCAGCAGGCCUGACAGUGAGGGGCUGGCCUCCCGCCUGGCCGCGCUGCCGUCCGUGCUCCUGCAGGCGUGUCCGCUCGGCACGCCGCUGGACGUCCCGGCACUGGGGGCAUCUGCACCCACAGCGCACAUGCCCGCUGGGAACCAAAAGCAGCCAGCCUGGAAGACGGGGCUCCACCGCGGGCGACCGGUGGUCAAUCUUGCCCUGAUAGAAACGGUCCGCUCCAUGCAGUACGGCAGCCGGGCCAGACAGGACCUCUGGGAUGUUUAUGGAACAGUGACGUGCAAAUGUGAAGUUGAGGGUGUGCUGCCAAACGUAACUGUGACCCUCACGCUGCCACCAAAUGGGUCUCCACUGCAGGACGUCCUGGUCCACCCCUGCGUCACCUCAUUGGAUUCUAGUAUUCUGACUGCAAGUAGUGUGGACAACUGUGAUGGCUCUGCUUUCUCUGGUCCAUAUAAAUUCCCCUUCUCCCCACCGCUGGAGCCAUUCAGACUAUGCAGCUACACCUCUCAGGUCCCGGUCCCCCCCAUCCUCGGAUCUUAUCAGCUGAAGGAGGAAGAGAAGCAGCUGCAUGUAUCUGUAAACCUCAAACUUCAUGAAAGUGUAAAGAAUAGCUUUGAGUACUGUGAAGCACACCUGCCUUUCUUUAACAGGGGUCAGAUUGGUGUUGCUGACGUGAAGGUGAGCUCUGGACAGCUGGAUGUUUCAAAGGAGAAGAGCCUGCUGGUCUGGGCCCUUGGACAAAAGUUCCCAAAAUCACGUGAGGUCACAAUGGAGGGCAAAAUUGUAUUUUGGGGGCCGACGGCAGGACCCACUGACCCCCUCUGCACAGACCUUACAGCCUACAUCAAACUGUAUUUCAAAGUGCCCGAUAUGACGCUCUCAGGAUGCUGUGUGGACCAGCACUCGGUGCAGGUUUAUUCCUCUACUAAACCACGGAUCACAACAUCACGAGAACUUCAGUCCAAAGAGUAUUUCAUAUGGAAUUCAACAGGCACCGCUCCGGUUUCCUCUGGACACAUGAUUCUCUAGCACUGAACCAGAACAAUAACUUGCUGUAAAGAUGGUUCGUUCUAGAGGGAAAACUGUGCUGAGUGUAUUCAAGCGAAUGACCUGGGAAUUCAUUUAUUUCCCGUCUACUGGUGCCGUUGCAGGCUGUGGCUGGAACUACAGUAGGUAGAAAACUGAAAUAACCACAGAGCAGCUCAACACCAGUGUGAACACCUGUGACUGGCAGAAGUGCUGAUCCUGUUCCUCUACUCUACUUUAUCAUGCUGUCCUCACCCUCCCUCAGAUUUAUCCCAUUUCAGACACAAUAGCCCCCCCCUCGCUCUGACAGUCCCACUUCAGUGACUCUCCAUCGGCCGGAUAAUUAGCAGCUGGGGCCUUGUCAUCAGCUGUUGUGGACCUGGAGGAGUGGGACUUGUGGGCUGUGAAAGCCGGGCUGCUCUGGGCAGUGUACUGGCGACAAAAGGCUCCUCUUUUGGAGUUGGCAGGGAUCCUCGCCCCCACCAGUCCCCCCCAUCCCGCCCUGUCAACUAGUGGUUAGCUCAAACACACAACCUCUCCAACUGGACUGUGAUUGAGCGCUGACCCCCUGAUCCCCGGAGAGUUUUUAAAGCAACCACCCCUUUCAUCGGACAGGAGCUGCUUAAUUGGUGAAAAAGUCACAUGGAGGGUAAUACCGUAGCUGGGUUGUCUUUGAGGUUGCAGGGUUAAUGGAGAACGUAAAUUAAUAUGAUUUUGAUCUUAUUGUGAAACAUUCUAGAUGUUUAUUUCUACUUUAUUUCUGCUGUAACAACUCCACCUCGGCGUGUAAAGUCUAAUGAGCGACUACCCAAUGAAGGGUUAAAUCAGAGGCGAUGGUGCCCCCUAUUGCACAGCAGCCAGACUCCUCUGAGUGUCAGUAUUGUCUGCUGUUGGCCUCCUGUGCCCCUUGCUAGUCCAAAUGCUACAUUCUCACGUGGAUUUCCACUCAGAAGGCUGACCAUGACCAAUCCUCUGUCAAUUGGAACCAAUUGCUCACACGGCAUCCUUCACCUUCUUUUUAUGUGGCAGCGCAGAGUGGCAGACACCAGGACCUCUCGGCAUUCCUCCUUCAUGAUGAUUUGGCUUUAAGGUCUAGUGUGUGUGGCUAGUGAAGUGGAAAAGGAGAACCUUUUGACGGGCUGGGCCGCUCUAAAUCUCCCCAGUGUCCCAAUAUGUGGUCAGUCUGGCUCCUGAAGUCUGCAGCCACUGGCCCCUCACUGGCAAGCUUUGCUUUGUUGAUUGAAUGGCUAAGUAGAUGGAUUGUUUUAAUGUGUGCUUUACUCCGGUGCUUUCAGCCUUCCAGACAUACAUUUAUUCUCCCUUGCUUAUUCUGCUUGUGAAGGAUUCUGUCUAGCAAAAAUCACAGGUGCUGGAAUAAAAUAAAGCAAAAGUCGUGCUAUAAAUUUAGAAUAACAACUUACAUGUUAAAACACUUAUUACACUAUGAUGAACUCUUCUUUCACUGUGUCCCUCAGCCCAAUAAUGACACCCAGUGGUUAGUUCAUGUCACACAGUUCUUCUAUUCUUUGUGCAUCUCCCUCUGACCACUGCUGCAUUGUUUGCUCAUUUAUUUGCUGUCAACCCCAUGUUGAGUCAUUUGAUCUCAGCCACAAUCAUCGUGUUUCAGGAUCAGGUUGUUGCAGCCUCAGGUGUUUUUGGUUCACUCCAGCUUCUCCCGUCCUCUUUAGCGCCUCUAAGAGCCAGAGACAGGCCACUUGUAGAAUGGUGGUCCGUUUAUCUGGUUUCCUAAUUAUUUACAGGUCCAGGUUUGAUACUGAAAGGUUCUUCUUUGCUCUUUGUUGGAGCAGAUAUCAGAUAAAAGACUGUAGUUGAUUUGAUUUUGUCUCUUAGUAUCAAAUAAAUAUCAUUUGUUUUAUUUAAAUAUGAAUGUUGAAUGGAAGCCGAAGCAAAGCUCAGACUCACUCUCACCAAUAGAUGGCACCAUAGUCUCAGCUAUAAGAGAAGAAUAUUUGAUUGUGGUGAAUGUGUGGAUGAGUUUUAAAAUGCACAUAUUGAUUGGCUGCAGGUGAGGGAGCUAUUUUAGUAAUUUAUUUGUGUUAUGUGACCUUUUACAUUUUCUGUCCUCCCUCUCUGACCGCUUUGACAGACUCAUCCCAUGUGUCUGUGUCAUACACUCAUACUUACAGUACACUGGGACCUUAUUCUACAUCAUCUUGGACCUUGAUCAUGCUCUGAAGAGGACUUUUCACAAAAUAAAGCUUGUCAGUCCAACCAC